AUGCGAUCGUGGGUCUUAGUUGCCGCGGUGCUCUGGUACCUCCCCCGAAUUGGAUGGCAGCGUUUUUCCGAAGUCACUAAAAAAGGCUUCAUUUAUGGCAAGCCAGCACACACAGUGAAGUUAUAUGUAGAAUUACAUCACAAUAGCCCAUUCCUUGUCUGUAUGGAUAUAAAACUUGCUAAAAAAGAAACAGUGGACCCCACCUACUUAUGGAUUGGGCCUAAUGAAAAGCCAUUAAAAGGAAAUUAUCGAAUAAAUAUAACUCAGACAGGUGACCUGAUGGUGAAAGAUUUUAUGGAGACUUUGUCUGGACUUUACACAUGUACUCUUUCUUAUAAGAUCAUCAAAGAACAAACCCAAGAAGAAAAGGUGGUAAAGCAGAGAUAUGAGUUUAUGAUGUUUGCCUAUCGGGAACCCGAUUAUUCAUAUCAGAUGGCUGUACGUUUUACCACAAAAUCUUGUACAGGAAGACAUAAUGACCUGUUUUUUACUGUGCUGAAGAAAACCUUGGAUAAUUUAAUCUCUGAUUUGUCAUGCCAUGUCAUAGAACCAUCAUAUAAAUGCCAUUUUGUUAAACUUCCAAAACAUGGCCUCAAAAAGCAGCUAUUUAUAGCUUUUCAAGUUAAUCCUUUUGCACUACAGUGGAAAAGUGCAUGCAAUGAUGCUGGUGACUGUGAAGAUAUUACUAAUCAUAAUAUCCUCCAGGCAAGAGACCGAAUAGCAGAAUUUUUCCGGAGCCAAGCAUAUAUUCUCUACUAUGACCCUAGCAGAACUCUACCAGCUAUACAUUUUGUGGACCACAGUUUUCAAAUGGCACGUAUGGAUAGCUGUCGUCCAGGCUUUGGGAAAAACGAAGGUCUACAUAGUAAUUGUGCUACUUGUUGCGUGGUUUGUAGUCCUGGGACCUAUAGUCCUGAUGCUGGUGUUACUUGUCAGACCUGCACUACUGCCCAUACCUACGGAGCUAAAAUAUGCCCAUAG